CUUUAGAAUCAUCUUAGAUUCAUCCUAUUGUUCAUUUCCAUAUUUCCUUGUAAAUAAAUUCGUUUUUUAAAAACGUGGUUUUCUCAACGAAAAACAUAAUUGGCGACGAGGAUGGGAUCUCUUUAAAUAUUUCGGAAAUAAUAGCGCGACGGGAAUCUCGCGACGUAUUAUCUGAAAUAUUGUGCCGGUCGUAGAAGUGAAAAACAAAAACUUUCUUUCGACUAUCAGUUUCAACUGUUAAGGUGAGAAGCAACCCCUAAGAAGAAAACCAGAGGCUCGAUCACUGGAGUAGCGCCCAGGACAGUUUCAACUUCAAACAAAGAAUAUCAACGAGGUGAGCAAUCCUUUCUAACUGACUCCCAGUUUACCUAUUCUGGCCCAAAAAUAGUCAACCUUUUCCCAAGUUUUGAGCGUAAAACUUGUAUAAAAGUUUUUUCUAGGUUUCUUAUAAAAAACCGAUCACAAAGUUUUUCCUAGGUUUCUUAUUAUAAAAACCGAUCAUUAAAAUUAUCAAUAUUACUUCUUUUAAACAGUUCCACGGUAAGAAAGAAAAGAAAGUAGCUAGAGUUAAAAUGGAUUUAUCAACUGCAGAAAAGUUUGGAUCACUCCUUCCUAAAUUUUCAGGAAUGGAGAACGAACUCCAUUCUUUUAUAAAAAACGUAGAAAGUUAUUUAAGUAUGUUCAGUAACGAAAAUGAACUUAUUAAAAAAUACUGUUUAGCUUUAGUUAAAUCAAAAUUAGUCGGUAGAGCACUUGCUGAAGUUUCUACCUCAGAUAUCCCCGAUAAUUGGGAUCAUCUGAAAAGAUUUUUGAAUAAUAAAUUUGGCGAUCAAAUCAAUUUAGAUGUGUUGAUUCACCAAUUACAAUUCUUAGAAAAGAAAUCAGAUAUGAUUAGCUUUAUAGAUGAAAUAAUUUCGAUGAAAAUAAGAAUUAACUACAGAAUAGAUGCUGACACGAUGCCAGCUCAAGAAAAACAAUUGUAUAAGACUAAUAUAUUGAAAAUUUGUAAAACGGUGUUAAUUUCAAAUGCACCAACGGAACUUAGAACUUAUUUAAUCGCGAAUAAUGCCUUAACGUUUGACCAAACCAUAAAUGCAAUCAAAGAUUAUUUGUCAAACAUGGAGCAAUAUGAUUUAUUAGAUAAAAGUAGAAAACAUAAUUUUCAAUCGCGAAGGACGAAAAAUAAUUUUCAAAAUAAUAAUAAUAAUAAAAGAAACUAUAUUCCAAAUAAUUAUAGAAAUUUUUACUCAAAUAAUAGUUACGGAAAUAAUUAUAAUCCUAACUCCGUUCCUAACUUUCCUUCACAACCUAUUCAGUACACUCAGAGACCAGUAAAUAAUAAUUAUUACCCUACAAACAAACAAGUAUUCGGAUAUCCAAAGACGGAACGAUAUAAUACUAAUACUAAUGUUUUUAAACCAAAUCCCAACCAAAGAAUUAAUACACCACCAGAAAAAAUGUCAGUGCAAACAAGAGUUUACCCCCAAAAACGUCCAAAUUAUUCGACGCAAUUCCCAACAAAUCCAAAUAAGAAAUUUUAUUCCAAUGAACAAGCUCCCAAUUAUACAUUUGAGGAAUUAACCCAAUUAGAUUCGAGUCAGAAUAAAAAGAAUUAUUAUGAACAAAAUGAUAGAGGUCGUUGGAAAACCUCGAAUUCAAAUAAAUCAAAACAAUUUCCCACGAAAUUCGUAAUUGGCGACGCUUCGACUUCAAAAAAUUUUGAGGAACGAAAUUUUUGCGAACUAGCCUCGGGAAACGAAUCGACUUAAAUAAUAGUAUUGAUCAUUCAAAUCAACUUCCCUAUAUCGAAUUUAAUUAUCCUAAAUGUAAACUUUUGAUUGACAGUGGAUGUUCAGUUUGUUUAAUAGACCCCAAAUUUGCGUAUAAUAAUUGCCCAAAUAAUAUUUAUCAAGAAAAAACCACUUUAACCGCGUGUAUGAGACAAAACACUUCAAAUGAAAAAGUGUUAUUGCCUUUAUUUUCUGAAUUUAACGUAGAAGAUACUCAUCCAUUUGUACUUUAUAAAUUUCAUAGAAAUUAUGAUGGCUUAAUAGGAGCAGAUUUUUUGAACAAGUAUGGAAUCAAUUUGAACUUUCAAGAUCAAAUUUUAGAGAAUGAAUUUUGCAACAUUCCUUUCAAAUACCAACAAGUAUGUCAAAAUCCAACGAAAAUCCCAGUGGAUCUUUCUCAUUUAGAAUCAAAAAUAAGUAAUCAACUUAUGAAAAUUUUACAAACAAACGAAAAUGUAUUACAAUUACCCAAUCAACCUUUAUCUUUUUCUAGUAGAAUCAAACAUAAGAUUCGAACAACCGAUGAUGUUCCGGUUCAUUGUAAAAUUUAUAGAUAUCCCGAAGUACACAGGGAAGAAGUCAAAAAACAAAUAAAAGAUUUAUUAGUUAAAAAUAUUAUUCGACCAAGUAUUUCCCCCUGGUCUUUCCCAGUAGUUAUAGUCCCAAAGAAAGAGGACCUAUCAGGAAAAGUAAAAUGGCGAAUGGCCAUCGAUUAUAGAAAACUGAAUGAUAAAACAAUUGAUGAUAAAUAUCCUUUACCCCAAAUUGAUAGUAUCCU